GUCAGCAGCGCCCGCCCCCGCCGCUGCAAUUCGCCGGGCGCGCGAGGCUAGUGGUUGUAGCUUCUCCGCGAGUCCGCCGAGCGGUAUCCACCGUCCCUCAGGUCGCGAGGCCCACGGCGUCACAGGCUCGGCGACAUGUCGAUGCUGGCUGAGCGUCGGCGGAAGCAGAAGUGGGCUGUGGAUCCAAGAAACACUGCGUGGAGUAAUGAUGACUCCAAGUUUGGCCAGAGGAUGCUAGAGAAGAUGGGGUGGUCUAAAGGAAAGGGUUUAGGGGCUCAGGAGCAAGGAGCCACAGAUCAUAUUAAAGUUCAAGUUAAAAAUAACCACCUGGGACUAGGAGCUACGAUCAAUAACGAAGACAACUGGAUUGCUCAUCAAGAUGAUUUUAACCAGCUUCUGGCUAAACUGAACACUUGCCAUGGGCAGGAAACAGCAGACUCCUCAGACAACAAGGAAAAGAAAUCUUUCAGCCUUGAAGAGAAGUCCAAAAUCUCCAAAAACCGUGUUCAUUAUAUGAAAUUCACAAAAGGGAAGGAUCUCUCAUCUCGGAGCCAAACAGAUCUUGACUGCAUUUUUGGGAAAAGACAGAAUAAGAAGACUCCCGAGGACCACCCCAGUCCCGAUGCUGCAGAGGGGACUGACGUCUCCCCCAUGACCACCAGUGCCUUCACCAUCCGCGAGUACUUUGCCAGGCGCAUGGCGGAGCGCAAGAGUAAGGCGCAGGGCACGGUCGUGGGGCCGGAGGCUUCAGAGACCCCAGUGGAAAGGAAAGCAGGGAAGAAGAGAAAGAAAGAGGCGAAAGAUAAAAAUGUGCAGAAUUGCACCCACCCCAAGGCCAAGAAGAAGGGAGACCAAGUUGAGUGGCAGCUGCGGGACCCACGUGGGGACGAGAAUGAUGGCGCUGCUUCUGAGGGUGGAGAGGGUGGCGUGGCGCCACUCGUUGACCGGGGCUCUCCCUCGAAGCCCAGAAACAGGAAGGAAGAGAAAAGGGGACGGGAGCAGGCUGAGACAGCAGAGGACAGUACGCUAGAUGAAACACCAGUGCAAAAGAAGAGGAAAAAGAAGAAAGCUUCCAAAUAAAGUCUCUGGAGCCAGGGCCUCCCGGCUCCUCAGCUGUCAGGGCGCUGCUGGGGCAAACUCCCUGGCCCGACGGCAGAGCCGGUUCACCCCGGGAGCCCUGCACAGCCUCUGACACGCCCGGCCCUGCCGCAUCUCGCCCUCAUGCUUUCCCGAAUCGGAUUCCCAGAACUUCUUAGUGUCCCAAAUCAUGGCUCUCAGAAACAAAUACAUUUCUUUCUUAGACGCUGAGUCCACCGUAUUUAUUCCCCUUCGUGUGAAUACAUCAUUAUGUGCACGCGCGCGUGUGUGUAGGUCUCUCGCAGUCUGUAUUUGCUCUUGAUUUCUUUCAGUAACAGUGAGCUGUGCUUCCUUCUGAAGGACUCGGUCUAAUUAAAGGAUUAAGAGGCAG